UUGACGCAUUUUCCGUCGAGAAGGUGGAGAACGAAGCGUGAAGUAUUCGACAAUCUCCUGUGUCUCUCCUCAUUCUCCAUCCUUCUCAGAUUCUCUCGCUUUUUCUUUACUCUCAUACUUUCCUCCGGCUGGACCACACUAUAUUCGGAAGCACACGCGACUCGGCGGGAGAUUCAAUUUGCGCGCGUGCCACUCGGGAGACAAUUUAUGAUUUGUCAGUGAUUUUCGUGGAUCGAGGACUGUUUCGUAUUGCCACUUGUUUGCCAUUGAAUAUCGCGAAACUUUGCGUCAGUGAUUUUCGGGGAGAAAGAUUUCUUUAGAAUGGCCCAGACUUAUAAUCAAAAGAGAAAUGUGUACACCAUCGAUCAGAUAUUGGGUCAUGGCAAGGAUGAAGAUCACGCGACAUCAUCUGACGCAGUCGUCGAUGGCGGCGACACGGAGCUCGGUCACUUGAGCGAUCAUCAGAUCAACGAUGCGUUGCACGAUCCGUUGAACCUGGGUGAAUCCGAUCGUCCACGCAAGGUACGAAGGUCUCGGACGACUUUUACAACCUAUCAACUACACGAACUCGAGAAGGCUUUCGGGAACACGCAGUACCCGGAUGUGUUCACCAGGGAGGAGCUGGCGAUGAGGCUGGAUCUUUCGGAGGCGAGAGUACAGGUCUGGUUCCAAAAUCGACGUGCAAAGUGGCGCAAGAAGGAAAAAGCAUUGGGCAGAGAUACCAGUUUCAUGCAUGUCGAGCAAGGUGGUGUAAAUGAAUUGUCUCUUCACGCGCGGCUUCUACAAACGGCUGGCGGGGUCCCAGGUGCGGAUUCCUCCGGUCCACCGACCGGUGCGUUUCCUUGGUUCAUCCCGCCGGUUUUCCCGCCACCCUGGCCGACGAGCGCGCCCAAGUUACCCCCUUUACACGCUAUCCUGUCGCAAUACAUCGGACUGCCGUUGUCGCAGAAUCUGGCGUCGCUCAGCACGAUGUUGCCGAUUAGCGUUAACCCGAGCUCGUCAUUGAACCACAAUAACAUGAACGGCCACUCGCUGGGCGGCCAUCUGCACGGCGGGCAUCCUCUGAACCUGGGGGUGCAGAGUAUACCGCAGAACCUGAGCUCGAAGAACGACAAGGACGAGGACUCGGUGUCGUCCGAUGACGAGAUCAGGAAGCAGAGUGCGGAAGUGCUGAGAGUAAAGGCGGAGGAAGUGCUACGCAAGGCGGACAAUUAACUGUGAGAACUCUUAUAAACUUUUGUAAAUAUGACGAACUUGUUCCCGGGGAAAUUUUACCCAUAUUUGAUACCAGCGUAAAUGUUUUGAAUUUGCGGUCUGCGCGUAAAAAGGAUUUUCUUAUUUAUUAACAGGUUUGGAGAGAUUUACCUCGUUCGCAACGAUUCGAUAUCGAUUUUCAAUGUGUUUUGAUAUAUUCAUUGUUCCGGAAGGAAACGCAUUUAUUUCAGAUUUUAAAGUUAAUUUGAAGAAAAUUUUAACACUCAUCGUGGUGUCCUAAUAAAGAAUUAUUUAUAAUUUAUUUUUGUAUUAUUCGGAAUAUUUUGUAGGAUCAAGGCCUAGAAAUCGAGUGUUGCAUGUGUUUGAGCAGUUAGUAAAGGACAUUUGAUAUUAAUUUUAAUUAUUUGUUGGAUAGGUUCUAUUAAUUUUGAACAUAUUUGAUCGGCAUAGCUCAAUAUGAUUGAAUGAUUUAUACACGAUGUUUAAUUCUAAUUAGAAGUCUGUGCAAGAUGCAAUCAUAAAUUUACUAUUUAUUAGUUAUCAAUAUUAACCCUCAGUUACCUCUCUGGGUUACGUUAACCCAUAUCAAAAAUGAUUUUUUCGAAAUUUUAGAUCACUUUUCAUUUGUUCUCAAAUAUCUCGAGUCGUAGAAAUCUGAUGACAUUUGCUUUUUUUUUACUGUCUGGCGUAUCGAUUGAAAAAAAAAAAUACUUCAAAAUAGCUUCAUUAGAUCCAGAAAUAUAAACAAAAGAAGAGUCUGGGUUACUCUAACCCAUGAGUGGUAAAAUAGGGUGGCCAAAAAUGAGUAAUAACUGAGGGUUAAUUAGUUGUAUGUAAUAGCAUACACAUGUCCUUUGAUCCAAAGCGGAAAUACAUCCAGAAACUCGAGUAUUGUCUUAAUCAUCGUGAUUUGAAAUU